UCAAUGAUUAAUUUGCCCACCCCUGUUAAUAUUUUUUAUUGGUGGAAUUUUGGUUCUAUUUUGGGCCUUUAUUUGUUUGUUCAAAUUUUGAGGGGAUUAUUUUUGUCUAUUCAUUAUUGUCCAAAUGUAAGUAUUGCUUUUGAGAGGAUUAUUCAUAUUGUUCAGAAUGUCCCUAAUGGUUGGAUUAUACAUAAUGUUCAUAUAAAUGGUGCUUCGUUUUUUUUUAUUUGUUUAUAUCAUCAUAUUGGGCGAAAUAUUUAUUAUAAUUCCUUUGUUUUGGGUCAUACUUGGGUGUCUGGUGUGUCUAUUUUAUUAUUGUCUAUAACUACUGCUUUUUUAGGGUAUGUUCUGCCUUGGGGCCAAAUAUCUUUUUGGGGUGCUACUGUAAUUACUAAUCUUGUUUCUACAGUCCCCUAUGUGGGGAGUACAUUGGUUAUGUGGAUUUUUUGGGGGGGAUUUUCCAUUAAUAAUUCUACUAUCAAUCGAUUUUUUUCGUUUCAUUUUGUUUUGCCUUUUAUUAUUUUAUUUUUCUUUAUUCAUUUGUUUUUUUUACAUUUAUCGGGAUCGUGUAAUCCGUUGGGUACAAAUAGGGACUUAUAUAAAAUUCCAUUUCAUCCUUUUUUUACUAUAAAAGAUUUAUUUGGAUUCGUGAUUGUUAUGUUUGUUUUUUAUAUUGUUAUUAUGGAGUAUCCUUAUGUUUUAAGGGAUCCGGAUAAUUUUAUUCCAGCUAACCCGCUUGUUACUCCAACUCACAUUCAGCCUGAGUGGUAUUUUCUUUUUGCUUAUGCUAUUCUUCGAUCUAUUCCGAAUAAGCUCGGGGGGGUGGUUGCAUUGGCGAUGUCUUUAAUUAUUCUUUAUUUUUUGCCUUUGAUUGUGAAUAGUUCUUUGUUGAAUAGUUUAAUUGCGUCACUGAAAGGCUGGAGCAAUCCUGCAGGGCCCACUUUGUUGGGGCCCUUCCGAUUUUGA